UUCCGAUAUGAUUCUUUAGUGAUGGUGAGGUGUUCAUUUUGAAGCAAUUUCUUACCAACUUUUUUCCCAUCAAUAACAUCCAGCCGAAGAACAGAUUUCAUUGUGGUAGCGAGUAGACAGUGUUUAAACUCAUAUGAAAACGUAAGACUUUAGGCAAGGUUGCUAAAAUGUAUUUAUGCUAACGAGGAACAGCUAUCAUGUCGUGGGAGGAAUUGAUUUGCUCUCUGGCCUCGUCUAAAGCCGUUUCCUUGUUCUGUGAUUGAGCUCGGAAACAGAAAGCGUGCUAGCUCGUCAGCUAUGGCGGACAGCUUUGGAGAGUAUAGCGGCAGUGCCCAUGGCUUAGGCGUUCCCGUACAGGGCAGCGGAGCCUUCCCUCUGCCGACUUUGGCCAACUCUUUGCCGGGGGGACACCCUCCUGCUAGCGGUGCUCAUCCUAGCCCGAACUCGGCCUCUCCCACUGCAGCCGCGCUGGGUGGCCUGGCCGCUGUAAUGUCCCCUAUAUCCGCUGUUACAUCUUCUGCAACCGGAUUUGGGAACACAUUCACCUCCGGAUCCUCGCCACCUGUCGUGGCCGUGUCUCCGAUCGUACACACGUCCUCGCCCCUACCCGGUGUCGGCCUAGGAGUGGCUGGGCUAGCAGGCGGGGCACUCUUGUCUCAACUCCACGCCACGUCCUGGGACCCGACUCUUAGUGCAGAUUGGGACAACGAGAAGGCAUCCCAGCAAUGCAUUUUGAGGAUAAAGAGGGAUAUUAUGUCCAUAUACAAGGAACCCCCUCCUGGGAUGUUUGUAGUUCCAGAUCCUCAAGACAUGACCAAGAUCCAUGCUCUGAUCACAGGACCAUUCGACACGCCAUAUGAGGGUGGCUUCUUCCUUUUCUUAUUUCGCUGUCCCCCAGACUAUCCCAUCCAUCCACCCCGGGUAAAGCUCAUCACAACCGGACAAAAUACUGUACGUUUCAACCCCAACUUCUACCGCAACGGCAAAGUGUGCCUCAGUAUCCUGGGGACAUGGACUGGCCCAGCGUGGAGUCCAGCCCAGAGUAUAUCAUCUGUUCUGAUAUCCAUUCAGUCCCUGAUGACGGAGAAUCCAUAUCACAAUGAGCCCGGCUUCGAGCAGGAGCGCCACCCAGGGGACAGUAAGAACUACAAUGAGUGUAUCCGCCAUGAAACUAUGAGGGUGGCUGUGUGCGACAUGUUGGAAGGCAAAGUACCCUGCCCUGAAGCUCUGAGUAGUGUGAUGGAAAAGUCCUUCCUUGAAUACUAUGAUUUCUAUGAGGGAGUCUGCAAAGAGAGGCUGCAUCUGCAGGGUCAGAACAUGCAGGACCCAUUUGGUGAGAAGCGUGGUUGUUUCGAUUACCAGAGCCUGCUCGCCCGCCUCAGUGCCACUCACAGACGAAUACGGGAAAAAUGCUUGGCAGAGGAUAACCAAAAUGACAACAACUCAGACUCAGAUACCAGUUCUUCCGAAACAGACCUCGACAGCCAGGGCAGCUCUCAGCCCUGACUCCAUGGUGCUGGUCUUGAACUGAUUAAAACUUUGGUUCUUUAUUUUGCCUCCAUUUCUUUCUAACUCAUUGGUUUCUGUGAGGGAUCUUAUAAUGGUAUCUUAUUGUUCAUGGCUUCACCAGCCAAGAUGAAUCCAGGGUUUAGAACUGAAAUGAUACUCCCAUUGUGUGCUGAGAGAAAAAUAAGGCAUCCCUGUUCUCCCACUGAAAAAGGCCGCCCGCCUACUAGUUUAAUGGGGACAGAUUUGACUAGGUUUUUGUUCGACCUUUGCAGCUAAUCCAAAACCUUUAUUUUGAUGGUAGUUUUACAUAGAUUUUCCAAAAUAAAAUGGUAAUACCCAAAUUUAGGUUAGUCCCCCCAGUGAAAAAGCCAAGGUGUUUAGACAGGCUUGGGCUGAAUAAGUGAAAUUUAUGCGAAAAUCCAUUAUCGCUUGAAUAAGCUGAAGCAGAUGUCAGGCCGUCCUUCAUGGCAGCCUUGUUUUGUUUUUAGAUGUAAGGAAGACAUUGUUCACAGAGGGAAAACUCAGAGGAGCUGCUCUAAAGAUUUUGUCUAAUUAAGUGGACAGGUUUACGUCUGUCUGAACAACCAGGCUGCAGAUAGAUGCAGCUCUGAAUUUGUUAUGAAAAUGUUAUCCUCAGAUUUCUUUUUAGAUGUUCGACUUUGACACUGUUGACAAUGAAUCAGGAAUGACUGAUUGUCAGAUGUGGAGAAAAGCUGUUUGAACAUCACUUUGACACAUUUUCCAUUGGGUAUGCCUUUUUUUCCCCCUCAGUGCUGUAAGGAAACAAAGGGUGAUUUACAGUGUGCAGAGUAAAUUGCUCAUUUGUAAACUUUGUUUUUUUUGCUACUGAGAUACAAACUAACUAUCCAGUUCUUUAGCUACACCAUCAACGAUAAAGUCAACUAAAGAACGUCAACAAAAAGCACUGGAAAGUGUAACACUACAACUCUGUUCAAGGCUGUGUACCACAAUAAUAGGCAAUUGUGUUGUUAAAAUUCUUAAAUGUGGAAUUUAGAUAAUUUUGUUGGAAAAAAAGAUAGUCACUAUUUAAAGAAACUGCUUUUACCAUCAUAUCUUCACGCAUCCAGAAGAUUAGUUUUUUCGUACACACGUUGUCCACUGAUCAAAGAAUAAAUUAACUGUUGACUAACGUCCUUGAUGAAAUGAUAGUUUUGGUCAGUUGAAUACAAUCACAUAAAUGGACUGCAAUCAGUGGGAAAUGAAUGUCAUUAGUUGGACUUUAAAGGAAACAUAUUCCCUGCCCUUCAAUUCAGCAGAUGCUUCAGCAAAAUGUUUUGACCAAUGAAAUGAAGUCAAGAGAAGCUUUGUGUUUUCAAAUAUUCAGCCUUCAAUCUGGAUAUUAGAAAAAAAACAAUCAAGGGUUUAUAACUGAAACGAUACUCCCUUUGUGGAAUAUAAUUUAAGUUCUAAACCAACAAGUAACCUAACAGCUCACUAGGUUACUGUUGUAUGAAAUAAAAAAAAAAUGAAACAUUUAUUUUGGACAAAAACUUUAUUAAUUUACAUGCAGCACAAAAUGUCUUUGUCGCCAAAACAGCCCUGCCUAUAAUUUAUUGAAAUUGAUGUUUUAAUUACGCAUAAAUUAGAAAACGGUAUUAAAACUAUAUUCUACUUGGAUCUCAGCUGAAAGGCAUGAGACAGGAAGUACUUGUCUGCUGAAGCACAAAUAUUAAAUCUAUUUUCUUUUAAAUUAAAUAAAAAAUAUAUAUUAUGUACAAGAUUUAAACACAAAAUUAAGUUAUCUGACUAUUUCUUACUUUUUGCCAGUUGUCAUGGAAAUACCAGAGACUUAAUGAAGUUUCACCACCCCUCAGAAACAGAGGAGGCCACAAGCUUGAAGCGUUUUUUUACAACAAUCAUUGUCAACAAGAUAUGCUAAUAGUAACAUGGUUUCCAUUAGAUAAAGAUUCAGUUUUAGAUAUUUGUUUUGAAACUAACUUAGGGGUUGGGUUUAAAUUCAAGUCAGUUUUAUCAAUGUUUUCAUUCAUUAAGACAAAGAAAAGUGCUAUGCUUUGUCUAAAGCACUCUGCCCCACUGGCUGCUGUUUGACCACUAAGAAAUAAAAUAAGACUACCAAUCUAAGGCAUUCCUCUUCAUUUUCUUUAGGUUCUAUUGAAAUUCUUAGAAGAAGAAACUUACAGCUUAUUCAAUCUCAUUAUCUAACUGUUGAUUGUGACGCACUUCCUAAACUAGAAAAUGCUACCUGUGUGGGUAUGGGGGUCAGGCAAGGUUUUUGUAGAUUUAUUAAACCUGGGUUGGUCAAAAUGGAUAUUUCAAAGUCUUGAACUCAUUUGUAUGGUACUUGUUUCAGAAAAGUACAAAAUAAAGUGUAAUAAAGUCCUGA